UAUGAGACAUUCUGGAUUCAUCUAGAUAUCACCAACACCAUUAAUGCCCUUGUAAUAUAAAAUUAAUGGUUAGAAACUAUUCAGUUUAAUCAGUACCACUUAUCACAUCAACACCUAUGUAUUAAUCUCUAAUCCAAUUUUAAUAACCAUAAUUAUAAUCAUAAAUUGUGAGAGUAUAAUUUAAAUUUAAUUAUUAAAAUAGUAAAGACCAAUACAUGUAGUCGAUUUGGAAUAAUAUGAUGAUAUUUGGAGAAAAAAAGUUGAAGAUCUUGAAAAAUAAUUAAAGGAACUCUAAAAAUAGAAACCAUAACCUGUCAUUUAAGCUCCAUGUUAUUUUUAAUUUUAUAUUUAAGAACCUAUUAUUGAAUUAAGAGCUGGUGCAGAUACUGAAGAAUUGGAAAAAUAGAUAUCAUAGAUUCAAUUAGAAUUGUAUAAAACAAAAGAAGAUUAUGAAGAUAUAUUAUAAAAGUACAAUGACAAUCUUAGUGAAUUAGAAUAAUUAAAAUGUAAAUAUCUAAAAAGAUUUUAUUUAAGAAUAAAUGAAAAGUCAUGUUUGUACUGAUAAUACUGCAGAAUUAAAAAAGAAAAUUGAAUUAUAAGAUAAAGAAAUAGAAAGAUUGAAAGCUUUACUUACUUCUCAAGUUCCUGUUCGUAUAUAAAUUAAUAUUAAUAUAAUAGCAAAUGAUGACUCAGAAUAAUUGAAGCUAUAUUUAAAGAGAAUAUAAGAAUUAGAAAGCUAAUUGCAAGAUUCAAUAUUAUAAGUUGAAAGAUAUAGAUAAGAGAAUUAAUAACUAUUAUCCUAAUUGAACUUCUUUAAGGAUUAAAUCAACGAAAAGGAUGAAAAAAUAAAAGAAUUAGAACAAUAAAUUGAUGAUCUUAAUAAUGAAUUAGAUAAUAUGUAGGAAGACUAAGAGGAAUAAAUUGAAUAAAAAGUUGAGAUUGUUAGAAAGGAAUUGAAGAGUUGGAAGGAUAAAUUUUUGGCAUUAAAUGCUUAAUUCCAUGAUUAAUAGGAAAAAUUAAUGUUAACUGAAGCUGAAUUAGAUCACAUUAAAAAAUAAGGAGGAGGUGGAACUAAAGUAUAUUUAAUUUUUAUUUUUAUUAUUAGGGUAGUUAAGUAAUCACUACAACAACUACAACAAAGUAAUCUAAAUGA